CUGAGGUUCCACUUUCAGAAACAUCCAUAUGCUGAUCUGGAUCCUGAAAAUUUAAAGUUUAGCGGGAACUUCGCACGUGCUAGAUCUCGAAUUUCAAUCGUGCCACAUUCCCGCCUCAAUCUCCACAUCUUCUCACUGGAUUCUCCAAACUUGUUUUAUUUUCCAACCCUAGCCCUUCUCGCUCUGUACUCCACUCCUGAUGCUAAAUCACCAACCCACCACCGAGUCAUCAUCGGAAAAGGCAUGGCACGUCCUGGCUCUCCUACUCUCCCUUGGCCGACCGGCCCCGCUUGCAGAAAUCUCUUCCCGAUGCACGCUCUUCCACGCAACUCCCGACCUUAUCCACUCACUCUGUCAAAUUCCUUACUCUCCCAUUUCACUUAAGAAGGAUUUCUCUGUCACUCCCUCUGUAUCCGCCUUCAUGUCUUUCACCGAAUUCGUUGCCAAAAAUAUUGUUCUUCUAGAUUCGCUCAAGCAUCGGAUUCACUAUGGGUCCUGCUCCGACAACUUCUUGCAUGUGCUUUAUAGGAAGCGAAAACGAUAUCUAUUUGACAAUUCUGAUGACAGUGAAGUACUUUUUCCUAAGAGAAUUCGAAAUACUUCUGCUAAGGUAUUUCAUCAAAUAACUGAUGGUGUCAGCGGGAGCAUACCAAGUGGCAUGUCAAUCAUGUUAAAUCAAGUGAUGCUUGAGCCUCCCUUAUUUUUUAAACUCAGUUCUGAGCAGUUAAGUUUAAAGCUUAAGGAAGUUGGAAAAGUCGAGGGUGAAGCAGAUAAGAAUAUAUGUGCACAAAGGAUAGUGCCAAAAAGGUUAAUGAUUAGUGGGUCUAACUUGGAAUUGGAUCUUCCAAGUAAAUCGUUUUGUGAUAGGCAUUUGCAUCAAAGCAUAAGUGUUAGUGCUCUGUAUUGUCCAGAAGAUGCCAGUAGAGCUGCAAGUAUUGCAGCAAUUGAAUGUGAAAGAAGUACUGAAGGCAAGGAGGAAGAACAUUUAGUUGAGUUAGAUAGUCUGAAAAGAAAAGAAACAGUCUACCUGGAGUUAGAUACUGCUCUGAUUGAUAUCCCUCUUGAUAAAGAAUCCAAUAAAACUAGUAGUUUGAUUUCUGGUGGUACUGAGCUAAAUUUGGAUAAGGAUCUAAUUGCUGUGCAUGUCAAUGACAGGGCUAUCCCAUCAGCAACAAAGCUUCCUGUUGCCAAUAAGUUGUUGAGGAUACCAUUGUCCAAGAUUCACAGGGUUGAAAUAAAUUCAAAACAACAAGCUCUCAACAAGUCCUUAGGGCGACCUAAGGCUUUUAAACACUCCCAAAGAUCAGCUCCACUGUAA